ACGGUAGCGCUGCCGGGGAUCCCGAAGCUUUGCGUAACUUCCGCUCUCUGGGCCUUCCCGAGAGGAGCUGCCUGCAACUCCCCGGAAAAUAGAAGCCUAUGGUGCUUCAUCGGUGAGCUCGAUAUUUGGAUAUUAGUGCCGUGCAGGCGGACCUCACUCAGAUUUGUUGGGAUCUCUGCAUUGGAUGGCUCAUAGGGAAGAGCGAUCCUUCAAGAUGGAAGACACUGGAAGCACCCAAAAGCCCUUGGCAACAGAGAUAUCCCCUUCAGAUUCAUUCCUGCACAGCGCUGAACGCUACAAAGUGGGCACUACCCACCCUUUAAAAGACAACGUCCAUGUGGAAUGUGUAAGUGUUAAAGACGAGACUGACUGUCUGACUUCUUUUCGUAUCAAAGUGGAGCCAAAUGCUGAGGACUCUGUCUAUGUGAAAGAAGAAUUUAUAGAAGUAAAUCUGGUGAAAGUGAAAGGGGAGUUCUUUGAGGGAAUGUCACAGCUUCAGAAUCAUGAAAGGGUCCAAAAUGGAGAGCGGUCAGGUGGAUGUUCUGAAUGUGGAGAGAGCUGUGAUGAAUCCAGAAGGUUAAAGUCACAAAAGAGGAUUCCCUGUAGGCAGAAAUCCAGUAGUUGCAGCGAAUGUGGGAAGAGCUGUAGACGGACUGAUAAUUUAACAUCACACCAAAGAACUAAUUCGGGAGAAAAACCAUACAACUGUUCUGAAUGUGGGAAAAGUUUCUCCCGCUUAAAUAUUUUAAACACACACCAGAGAAUUCACACCGGGGAGAAGCCCUACAAUUGUACCGAAUGUGGGAAGAGCUUUACUCAGUUAAGCCACCUUAAAAACCACCAGAGGAUUCACACGGGAGAGAAACCCUAUACCUGCUCUGAAUGUGGAAACAGCUUUAGUGAGUCCGGAACGCUAAAAAACCACCAGAGAAUUCAUACCGGGGAGAAACCCUACUCAUGUUCAGAAUGUGGGAAAAGCUUUAAGCAAUGCGGACAAUUAAAAAACCAUCAGAGAAUCCACACAGGAGAGAAACCAUAUGUAUGCUCUGAAUGUGGCAAAAGCUUCAAACAGUCCAGGACAUUAAAAAAUCACGAGAAAAUCCACACCGGGGAGAAGACGUAUAUUUGCGAUGAAUGUGGCAAAAGCUUUAACCGUAUAAGACAAUUUAAAAAGCAUCAAAGGAUUCACAUUGGAGAGAAACCCUAUAGCUGCAGUGACUGUGGGAAGAGCUUCAGUCGGUUUGAUCGCUUAAAAACGCACCAGCGAAAACAUACUGGAGAAAAACCGUACAGCUGUGUCGAAUGUGGCAAUAGUUUUAGUGCAUCGGCAAAUUUAAAAAAACACCAAAAGAUCCACGCAGGAGCUAAGCUGUUUGCUUAUAACGGAUCUGGAGAAGACGGUAAGCAGUCGAAACAAUUACAAACUCGCCACAUGGAAAAGGAGCUUCUCAAAAUGAAACACCGAAGAAAGGUUAUAGAGCAGCUCAUCGCAGAACCAUCUAGAACCUGUGAAGCCUUCUCUGAACAGCAAGACGAUCUAAACGGGGUCGGGCACAGCAAUUUUGACAGAGAAAGAGGGUCUCUAUGUGUGAAGCAGGAGACAGAUCAUCGUCAAUCUGUGCAUGUAAAAGUAGAGCCCACUGAAGUGGAGUCGGUCGUCAUCAAGGAAGAAUUUGUUGACCCGAAUUCUGCACACGUUAAAUGUGAACUCAUUGAGAAAGAGUGUCUUUUCCACAGAAUACCAGACUCAAAAGGCGACUUUAAUGAUGGUACAUGUGUUAAGAGAGAGCAGGUGGAGGACGGGCACUAGCUGUACCUAUGAGAAUUGUGGGUCGAUUUCCAGCAAAGAGAAAGCUGGCAGCAACUUUAACUAAAGACACGGAGCUUUAGAAAACACGACGAGUGAAUCUUAUCAGAGUACAUUUGAUGUGUAUAGGAAUGGACAGAAUACAUAUAAAGAUUUUUGGCCAUAUUUUUUAAAAUUUUAAAAAUGACGCUUCAAAAAAUUCAAUUUUAUAUGUGAAAGUUAAACAAUUAAUUUGCAACAAUUCAUGAAAACUUGUUUUCCUUUAGACUACAUCACCUGUCAGUAAACUCUGAAUAAAAGAAAAAUAGCAUCACAGAAUCGAACAUACAGAAUGGAGUUUCUGCAUAAUUUAAGGGGGCACAGCCCACGCAGAUGGUGUGCAAAAAAUAAAUAACCUUCCCUCAGUAAUUUU